CGCGCGGGGGGGGGGGCGGGGUGAGGAGAAGUUGGAGGAGAGUGAGAGACGCGCAUCCACGCGGCUGUGAUUGAGUGGACGCGCACGCGUUCAAGCUUCACGGUGCGUGUUUUUUCGUGUUUAUUGGCUGGGUUCUCUCCAAAAAACCCCCGACUGGACGCGAGGAGGGACGGGGGCGAGAGAAGAACGCGCGGCCACGCAUAGCCACAGGUUGACGGACCUCGACCAUGGCUUCUCAACCGCCACCGACCGUGUCCGGCGGCGGCGGCGGCAGCGGCGGCGACGUCGCCAACGUGGGCCCCGUGGACGGCUCGCCCAAAAUGGGGAAGGACGCCAAGUGAGCACGUCGAGUGAAGAGGAGGAGGAGGCGUUGUUGGGACGCCGUGCGCAAAGCUCGAGAGGCGGCUUGGCGAGGAAGACCUGUGGAGGAAAGCCUCAUGAACGCGAGGAGAGGCGGGAAAGGGAAAGCGAGAGAGAAGGCAUGGCUGUGACAACAUGAAAAAGAAAAAAAGUCCUCAUCCUUGCCGCCAAGUGAUCCAACACAUUUGAUCUGCAGGGCACGGAGAGACAAGCGACUGGAUCGUGGCCAUGGAGCCUCCCCCCUCUCUGAGCCUGGCGCUCCUCGGUGGGAGCGAGGAAGAAGACCAGCGUUUUCUCCUCCCCCUGGCUGGCGUCCCCCACCCCAACCACUCCAACCACAUGGCGGCGUCCAGCCUGGGCCGCCUCAACGGCAGCAAUCCGUCGCCGUCCCCCGCCGCCACGCCCUCGGCGUCCCUGCCCAAGUUGCCCUCGGCGGGGCCCGCCCCCAACGCCCUGCACCCCACCAGCACCCCGCUGUCCUCCUGCUUGGGCUCGCAGCACAGCUUGAGCGGGGACAACUCUCCCAUCUACAACGCCCUCUUCUACCCCUCCCACUCGCCCUCCAUGGACCGGGAGAGGGACCGGGAGCGGGGGUGCAAGCACAGGCAGGCCAGCCCCCUUGUCCACCGCAGGGACAGCAACCCCUUCACCGAGAUCGCCAUGAGUUCCUGUAAGUACACGGGCGGGGUCAUGAAGCCCCUGAGCCGCCUCAGCGCCUCCCGGAGGAACCUCAUCGAGUCGGACAGCGGCAGCGAGACCAAAGAGGGCGCCGUCUCCGCUGUUGCCGGGGCGACGGCGGCCCAGCGAGAAGCCCCCCCGCCCUCCUUGGGGACCCAGUCGUCCACCAAUCAACCGCCCCUGCAGAGCCCCCCGGAGAUCGUCAUUUCAUCCAGAGAAGACUCGCCGUACCCCAGAGCAGGAUAUGACGUCAGCGACACCGCCUCCAACCAGAUGUCCAUCUACCACCAGAACCACGCGCUGGUGGAGAGCCGACGGGCGCAGCCGGGGAGGGGGGGCGGCAGCGGCGGCGGCGGCGCCCAGGCGGGUUCCGGGACAGUGGGCACCGGGGCCCGUGCCAGCACUUCCAAGGCUCCAAAGCGGAAGAACCAAAACAUUGGCUACAAACUGGGCCAUCGGAGGGCGCUGUUUGAGAAGAGGAAGCGGUUGAGCGACUACGCCCUCAUUUUCGGGAUGUUUGGCAUCGUUGUCAUGGUGAUUGAGACCGAGCUGUCGUGGGGCGUCUACCUCAAGAGCUCCAUGUAUUCUCUGGCCCUGAAGUGUCUGAUCAGUCUGUCCACGGUCAUCCUGCUGGGACUCAUCAUCGCCUAUCACGCACGAGAGGUUCAGCUGUUUGUCAUCGACAACGGCGCCGACGACUGGCGCAUCGCCAUGACGAUGGAAAGGGUCCUGCUCAUCGCCCUGGAGCUGCUGGUGUCCGCCGUGCACCCGGUGCCCGGGGACUUUAAGUUCCAGUGGCGGGCGCGGCUGGCCUUCUCCUACGCGCCGUCGCAGGCCGAGGCGGACCUGGACAUGGUGCUGAGCGUGCCCAUGUUCCUGCGCCUCUACCUCAUCGCCAGGGUCAUGCUCCUGCACAGCAAACUCUUCACCGACGCCUCGUCCAGGAGUAUAGGGGCGCUAAAUAAGGUGCAUUUCAACACGCGCUUUGUGAUGAAAACCCUCAUGACCAUCUGCCCUGGGACGGUGCUGCUGGUCUUCAGCAUCUCUCUGUGGAUCAUCGCCGCCUGGACCGUGCGAGUGUGCGAGAGGUAUCACGAUCCGAACGACGUGACCAGUAACUUCCUGGGCGCCAUGUGGCUGAUCUCCAUCACCUUCCUGUCCAUCGGCUACGGAGACAUGGUCCCUCACACUUACUGCGGCAAAGGCGUGUGUCUGCUCACUGGAAUCAUGGGUGCCGGUUGCACAGCUCUGGUGGUUGCCGUGGUAGCCAGGAAGCUGGAGCUGACCAAGGCCGAGAAACACGUGCACAACUUCAUGAUGGACACACAACUCACCAAGAGGAUAAAGAACGCGGCGGCCAACGUGCUGAGGGAGACCUGGCUCAUCUACAAGCACACCAAGCUGAUGAAGAAGAUCGACCACUCCAGAGUCCGCAAACACCAGCGGAAGUUCCUGCAGGCGAUACAUCAACUACGCAGCGUGAAAAUGGAGCAGAGGAAACUCAGUGAUCAAGCCAACACACUGGUGGACCUGUCAAAGAUGCAGAGCGUCAUGUACGAGCUCAUGUCGGAGCUCAACGACCGCAGCGAGGACCUGGAGCGCCAGAUGUUGUCCCUGGAGCAGCGGGUGGAGCAGCUCACCGCCGGCUUCAACGCCCUGCCCGCGCACCUCUCGGCCACCCUGGGUGCCCAGCACGCCGCCCUGGUGCACCUCCUCCGGGAGAGAGACGGAGGAGCCGUGGUGCCGCUCUCUCCGGCGGCUUCGCUCGCCUCCACUCCAGCUGCAACCACGCCGGUGCCAACUCCAGCCCCGGCGCCCCCUCUGGAGGCCCCUCCGCCCGGGCCAGAGGGGAGCCUGGAGGCGGGUUCCACCGGCAACGUGGCCACCUGCUGAGGAGCACCAGGAGACAAACAGGCCUAAAAAGGGCACGAGAGGGGGCUCCUCUCACCGGAGACGAGAGAAAUGAUCCUCUCAAAUUGAUGAAGGUGGGACAACGUGGACGACUAACGGAAGGCGGCGUGAGUGGUGACACUUUUGGGAGGAGCGCUUUCCCUUUAAGAGUGACAGCGGCAAGAGUGGCGAGUGUAGAAGGUGCGGGGGCAGCGGAAGGACAUCAAGAGGGUGAGAAGUCGCGGUAAGAAGAAGGAGAGGAGGAGAAAUAAGCCGGACUAAUUAUAUGAAGACUGAAAAAAGAGAUAAGCCUUUAUCUCGCCCCCUGCUCUCGCUCUCUCUGUCCUCUUUCAUCAGGAAUUAAUGACCAGGACUUUUUAUCCUUAUGUGUUUUCUAUCAGAACGCUAAUUGUGUGUUAACGAGCAUCCCUUUAAAAGGAGGUUAAAUCAA